GUGAUUUCUGACACUGAAGCACAAGAAGAGGGAAAGCUGUCUGCAGACAGUGUUUUCAUCUAGAUUUCUAAGACUUACCCGAAGAAAGGAAGAUAAUAAUGAACCUGAAACAAGCAAUGUAAAUAUACCUCCACCCGGGAAUUCAUCUAAAGGUGUACAGAGGGGUUCUAGUGAUGGUAAAAGUGAACCUGUGGGAGUGAUGAUGAAGGCAGGAAGCCUGAAAACAAGCCAUCAAAACCUGAAGAAGACGAUGAAUUUGACAGCAAGGAGUAUGGAGUUGGCACCACAGAAGAAUUGUGAUUCAACCUGGGAGAUUUCCAUUUCCAUAAAUAGAAAAAUAAUCAAAAAAUAUAACAGAGUUACAUAAAGACAUUUAUUUACAAAGAGAUUUAAAAUGUCCAAGACGGAUAGAAAUAAGUGGGAAGAAACUCAAAAGAACCACAAUGGUCAGGUUUAACUGCAAAAGAAAUGCAUAAUGAAUAUACAAAAUUACUGUGACAUGAUACAGACCUAAGUGACCACUAUUUAAUGCAAACUGCAAAGAAACACAAAAAGCAUGCCUGAUGUUUUUCUUUUUGUGACUCUUACAUCUGUUUAUGAUUGUUGGGGACCUCUUUAGCACAAGCCAAGCACAUGUUGUUCUUUUAUGUGUCCCUGCAGAACCAAAUCAAGACACAGCACAGGAAGAACACAAAUGACAACAAGCCUAACCUGAAUUUCUACCUUGGAAAGAAACGAUCGGUGCCAGACGGUGUCUACAUAACUGAUAUCCAUGAAAAAUGGUACGGAGACUAUGAAAGACUUGAGUACGUCCAAACCUAUAUUCAGUGGUUGUUCCCACUGCAAGAACCAGGAGUGAACUAUGAGGCCAGUACACUGACAAAGGAAGAAAUUACGGAUUUUCUUAAUCACAGCAUUGCAAAGGAAAACCUGCUGAAGUCGUACAAGCUCAUGUUGGACUUUUAUGGUAUCGUGUUGUGUGAUGAAAAAACUGGAGAGGUCACAAGAGCAGAGCACUGAGAAGAGAGAUUUCACAACCUUAACAGUCACACACACAACAACCUGCGCAUCACUCGCAUCCUGAAGUGUCUGGGAAACCUGGGUUACCCUCACUACCAAGCCCCUCUGGUCCACUUCUUCCUGGAGGAGACUCUGGUCAACGGACAACUUCCAAACAUCAGGGACAGCGUCCUCAGCUACUUUAUGUUUGCUGUACUUGAUAAGACACAGCGCAGAAAUCUCAUCAAGUAUGCAUAUUUGAACUAUGAGCCUAAAGAUGAGUUUGUGUGGUGCCCAAAGAAAAUCCAAAAAUUGUGGUCAAUGCAGUCCAAGGCAGCAAAGGAAGAGGCCGCUGACUCUCUGGAGUUACAGGACGACACUCUGAUUUCUGACAGUGAAGCACAAGAAGAGGAAAACCUGUCUGCAGAUGAGUCGUGUAGAAUCAUGUAGAGAACAAUGCAGAGUAUGAGUUUGAUGAGGAUGAAAAAACUUUCAGCCAUAAUGAAGAUUGAUUGAUGACAAUGAAAAGUUUAUUCAUCUUAUGCUGAAUAAUACUGAUAAACUGCACUGUGUAUGGAGUGUAUGCAGAUCCAGUGAUUUAGUUCAAAAUUGUAGUUAGUCAAAAGGCUUGAUUCUUUAUGGAAAUGUUUGUUUACUUCAGUAUUCAUCAGCUUUGCAUAUUUGAACUAUAAACCUAACGAUGGGUUUGUGUGGUUCCAAAGGAAAAUCCAAAAUGUUGUGGUCAGGGAUGCCCAAGCACAGAAGGAGACUCUGAAUCUUAACAGCGAUUUUUAUGCUGCUCUCCUUCCUGGCACAACCUCAGAGGGAUAUGCGUCUCCUUCUGGAACUGAAGAUUGAUGUUAAAUGUUAGGUGAAUGUCUAAACCACUAUAUCAUGUGGACAAAAUUCAUGAAACAUUACUUAAACUGCAUAACUACAAAAUUGUUCACGCCCCCCCUGGAAAUAAAGUUUUAAUCUAGAAAAGCCACAAUCCUUCUUUUUCCUGAGACAACUGACAUCAACCCAUCUGUGGUUAGAUUCAAGCAAAUCUGUCUGUAAUAAAAAAGGAUGAAAAGUGAUGUUUUUACUGAAAUGCCAGGCAACAUUACUGGUUGUUUUUUUCUGUCAGCUAAAUUUCUGUCUUCAGUUAUGUGUUUUUUAAGGAAACUGUCGGUUUCAUUAAUAUAUAUCACAUUACAUGGAUAUUGUAUCAUAUAAAUUCAUUCUUUGUCUUACAGGUGAUAAACCCCAUACCUCCUUUGGUUGCAUAGUUAAAGGUUGGAUCAUGUUAUAUUGUUUAUGCAGGUUAUAAUUUGAAAUGGCCUUGAAGAGGCUUGCUGAUACACUCAGCCUGUCUCUCCUCCUUAUGGUUUUAAAACCAUUCAGGUAUUUGAGUUUUUUCAGCACCUCAUGUCGUUAUUUUUCAUUGCUUUUUAUUUUCUUGCAGAUGUAAAAAAAAAAAAAAAAAAAAAAAAAAAGUACAACCCAAAACAAGUCUAAGGAUUUUUUUUAUUGUAAUCUUUCUCUUCUUUUUCAGUUUAAUUUUAAAGUGUCUUUUUAAAUUGCUUGACACUGGGUGGGAUAACACUUAAUCCCCCCCGCCCACGGGUGGAUCUAUCUGGCUUAUGGUGGUGUAAAGGUUUUCUAUUGGACGGCCUAGUUGGCGCCUCAUCAGGAGAUGUGGAUGUAUGUUUUUUUUGUUUGCUUUGUUUUCCUAAUGCAGCAUGGGUCAAACAUUAAAGAGGUUCUAUAUUGUAUUCAGCGUUGCUGAAGCUUGAACUUCUUCACAAUUAUAUUCAUAUUAGUACAGGCUAUGGCCAAAAUAUUAUAUGGUGGUUCUAUACUGACUGAAAAAAUGAGCUCCUAAACUGAAAGUUAAUCAGCUAGAUUAAUACGCGAGUUAUUACUGAAAAAGAAAAGCUUUGGUGAUUUCUGAUCUGUAACAACUGAAACU